CGUGGCUCCCGGUGCUGCCGAGGCAAGCAGUGAGCGCGCACCCGUCCGCUGCCGAGAACGCGCCCGGCGCCUUCCGACAGCGCAUCCCUGCAGAGCAUGGCGGCCGCCAAGGUGACUUUAACUAAGAGGGCGGAUCCAAACGAGCUGAGAACAAUAUUUUUAAAGUAUGCAAGUGUUGAGAAAAAUGGUGAAUUUUUCAUGUCUCCGAAUGACUUUAUCAACCGGUACCUGAAUAUUUUUGGAGACUGUCAGCCCAACCCCGAGACUGUGGAGCUCCUGGGAAGCGUGGUGGACCAGACGAAGGACGGGCUAAUAUCCUUUCAAGAAUUCAUAGCAUUUGAGUCUGUCCUGUGUGCUCCAGAUGCCACAUUUGUGGUGGCCUUCCAGCUGUUUGACAAAACCGGCAACGGAGAAGUGACCUUCGAGGAUGUAAAGCGAGUUUUCGAACGGACCACCAUUCACCAACACAUUCCAUUUAACUGGAAUUCAGAAUUUGUGCAGCUGCAUUUUGGGAAAGACCGAAAAAGAAGGCUGCCCUAUGUGGAGUUCACUCAGUUCUUACUGGAGAUGCAGUUGGAACAUGCCAAGCAGGCCUUCAUGCAGCGGGAUACCGCACACUCCGGCCGCGUCACCGCCAUGGACUUCCGGGACAUCAUGGUCACUAUCCGCCCACACGUCUUGACGCCUUUUGUGGAAGAGUGCCUGGUUGCGGCCGCGGGAGGUACCACAGCCCACCAAGUUAGCUUCUCCUACUUCACUGGAUUUAAUUCUCUCCUCAACAACAUGGAGAUCAUCAGGAAGAUCUACACUACACUGGCUGGCCACAGGAGAGAUGUCGAGGUCACCAAGGAGGAGUUUGCUCUGGAAGCUCAGAAGUUUGGGCAGAUCACCCCCAUGGAAGUGGACAUCCUGUUUCAGCUGGCCGACCUCUAUGAGCCACGAGGACGCAUGACAUUGGCUGACAUUGAGAGGAUCACCCCCCUUGUUGAGGGGCGCUUGCAGUGCAGGCUGACCGAGUCCCAGAAGCAGAGGAUUUCCGGAGACCCUCGCCCUUUUAUCAUCCACUUAGCAGAGUCUGCCUACAGGUUUGCCCUGGGCUCCGUUGCUGGAGCUGUGGGAGCCACUGCGGUUUACCCCAUCGAUCUGGUGAAGACUCGCAUGCAGAACCAGCGGUCCACGGGCUCUUUGGUGGGCGAGCUGAUGUACAAAAACAGCUUUGACUGCUUUAAGAAAGUGUUGCGCUACGAAGGCUUCUUUGGGCUGUACAGAGGUCUGUUGCCGCAGUUGUUGGGGGUCGCCCCGGAGAAGGCCAUUAAGCUCACGGUCAAUGACUUUGUCCGCGACAAGUUCGAACGCAAAGAUGGCUCCAUUCCCCUGGCGGGGGAAAUCCUUGCUGGCGGCUGCGCCGGAGGCUCGCAGGUGAUUUUCACAAACCCGCUAGAAAUCGUCAAGAUCCGCUUACAAGUGGCUGGAGAAAUCACCACGGGUCCUCGCGUCAGCGCCCUGUCUGUGCUUCGUGACCUGGGCUUGUUUGGCAUCUAUAAGGGUGCCAAAGCGUGCUUUCUACGGGACAUCCCCUUCUCCGCCAUUUACUUCCCCUGCUACGCGCAUGUGAAGGCGUCCCUCGCUCAGGAGGAUGGGCAUGUUAGCCCAGGCAGCCUCCUCCUGGCAGGGGCCAUUGCUGGCAUGCCAGCUGCAUCUUUAGUGACCCCUGCUGAUGUGAUCAAGACAAGAUUACAGGUGGCAGCCCGGACAGGCCAGACCACCUACAGUGGUGUGAUAGACUGUUUUCAGAAGAUCCUUCGAGAAGAGGGCCACAGAGCCUUGUGGAAGGGAACAGGGGCCCGUGUGUGCCGCUCUUCACCCCAGUUUGGCGUGACACUGCUGACCUAUGAGCUCCUGCAGCGCUGGCUCUAUGUGGAUUUUGGGGGCAUAAAACAGCCUGAGCCUGAUGUGAAAGCCCAACGUGCACACAACACCGAUCACGUCGGGGGCUACAAGUUGGCAGUAACCACGUUUGCGGGCAUUGAAAACAAAUUCGGACUUUAUUUGCCUCGAUUCAAGCCGUCAGCGCCCACCCCCUAGGUGUCUCGGCACAGCGGCCUGCACUGCUGACCUGGCAGGGCUGGGGCAUCUCCUUCCUCUCCCUUUGUCUCCUGUUCAAAUUUAUGUUGGGGCUUUUUAUCAUGAUCAUUAUGUGGAAUCAUUUAGGGUCGGUGCUUCCUUAGCCAGAUCACGGUGAAAUUCCCGCUUGCAAUUCCUUCUUGGGGCUGUCGGCCCCAACCUUGCCUAAUGUUGGGUGGCCCUGAGAGAGGAUGGGGGAAGGAGCCGAGUUACGAACAGACACGAGGGACCCUCUCCUUGGCCCGGCUCGUGGCUGGGGCCACGGGGGAAGGAGAGGGCUGAGUGCUCCGACUUUUUUUUAAAUACCAGGAUCAACCGCCCUGGCAUCAGGUUCUAACCAUUUGUACACACAAGCUCUGUCUCUGGCUUGUAUUAUGAAGUAUUGAUGUGAAACAUGUUUUUGUGUAACGCAAACCACAUCGACUGUUCAGACCUUGGAUUCUGCUUGGGGAAAGGGUCGUGUCUGUGCAGUUUCUGUGUACCCCGGGCACUCUCCUGUUCUGUCGGCCCGGGCCAGGCUUCCCGCGCCAGGGGCCAAAAGGGGGACGGACCAGGUUCCCCCCGCCUCGCAGCCGCUGCCCCUGCUCUUCCCUCCCCCUGAAUCAUGUUGAAGACAAAAAUGGUCUCUGAUUUCUGGUGCCUCGAGCCAUGUUUGUAGGCUGUGUAUUUAUUUCUGAAGAGAGAAAUAAAACCCUUUAAGCAGUCA